UGCAUCGCACAGCAAUAAAUGUGGAACCUCACAACUAAACAGUCACUAUUUGGAGAGGUACUUCUACUGUUGGAACAAAUUCAGCAAGGCACAAGGAACAUUUAGUCAGAUUCUACAAGGAGGACUCAGCCAUGGCCACCCCUAACAACACCUUCCAUGCCAAUGACAGUGAUGAGUGCCAUGGUGUUCAAUGCUCCUGCUGGGUCACUUUGAAUUACAAGGCAUUGGACAUGUCAACAUUUUCUUUCUACCUAUUCUUUCUUCUAGUAGGUCUGAUAGAGAAUAUCAUUGUUAUUUGGAUAAACUGGCGGAUGAGAGAGUCCAGGAAAGAAAGCAACCUUUACAUUUUUAACAUGGCUGUUGCUGACUUGUGUGCAGUUUUAUGCAUCCCAUUUAGGAUGACAGAGAUAUUGUACAAUUACCACUGGAUCUGGGGCAGUCUUCUGUGUAAAUUUGAUUCCUUCCUUUAUUUUGUUACUCUAUACAGUAGCAUCUUCUUCCUGGCCUGUUUUAGCGUUGAUGAAUAUGUCUCACUGCGAUACCCGUUCCAAGCCCAGGGAUCAAGAGACCGACAAAUCCGCAGGAUGGUGUGUGUGUGCAUGUGGACUACAGCUGUGCUCUUAUCUGUACCACAAUUUGUAUAUGCUGACACUUUAGGAGUUGUGUAUAUUUACUGCUUCACUGAAAAUUUGCUAUUUUCGUAUGUUACAAGCUCUGUUAUUUUACUUUUUGGAUUCAUUAUUCCUUUGUUUAUAAUUAUAGUGAGUAAUGUUUUCACUACAAGAGCUAUGAAAGACUCCAGUAACACAGGUAGCAUAAGGAACCGUAAAAUAAUAUGUGCUUAUAUCAUAGUAUUUUUGCUAUGCUGGUCACCUUUUUACAUAACUGUAUUUCUUUCCCUGAUAGGCGAGUUUCUCAACUGUGUUGUGGAGCAUGUAGUGUAUUAUUUUUACGACCUUGUGGAGUGCCUCACCUUUUCCCACUGUAUUGUAAAUCCCAUUCUGUACAACUUUAUGCACAAAGAUUUCAGGUAUCAUUUAACAACCUGUGUUGUAAAGUACAUGCCUAAACGAUAUGUCAAGGAGGACGACAAUGUUUCCAUUUCUUCAGACACCAGACAUAUUGUGGUCAUUACAUGAUUUAAUCCUUUGACAGAGGACAAGAAACUGAGGGUAUUAGUGAUUCAGUCAAAAUGAUCUUCCAACAAUUUUUUUCUUCUGUUCCUAGUUCUUGUUUCAAUGUUAAUUGAAAAUCAUAUGGGCAUCUUACUGCUGUAAAGCAUUAAAUAUUCAUAUUAAAAAUAUUGUUAGAAAUGGGACGCAAAACGAAGGGAAGAAGAUGGCUUGAUUGCACAGAAUGUUGGUUCACUAAUGCAGGAACAUUCAAGUUUUUAUCUCAUUAUGUCUUGCAUAGGCCUCACAGAAAGUUCUUGGGAUCUGACUUUGGAUUUACUCAUCCACGAGCACCAAGAACAGCUCCUUCCCAAGCCUUCUGCCUACCAAAAUCUUACAGCACAAAUCAUUCAGUAGAAUUAAAGGCUUUAAAAUAGAGUUGUGUAGGCUUUGUGGUCAUGGCUCAUGGGCUGAAAGUUGCCAUUGUUUGGGAACCCCUGCAUUAAUGCGCUGAGCUACUUUGUAUAAGGAUUCAGGUCCUUGACCACACAGUAACCCAAAAGAGGCUUCAAGCCACUUGUCCACAGAGAGAAAGGAAGGGAAGGGAAAACCCAACUGUGUGCCUCUGCCUAACUAGUUGCAGAAUAGCAAUGGGAUGCAACUAAGUCAUUUCGGUGCAGGAAGUAUGGAUCUGGGUGAAACUGAGAGAAGAAUAAGGAACUAUUGUUUUUUAAGAAAACGCAAGAUAAAUGAAAUACACAACUUAACCCAUGUCUGUUUAAGAGUUGGUUUGGCUCAGCUAGUGGCUCUCACCUCCAGGUUUGAAGGUUGUGUUCAUACCCCUGUCCAGGAUUUGAGCACAAUAACCGAGGCUGACCUUUUAGUAUAGUGGUGAGGAAUACUGCAUUAUCAGAGCUAGCUGAGGUGUUAGAACAGGUUCUCUGUUUAUUAGGUCAGGCAGAUGUUAAUGAUGCUACAGAGGGAGAAGAGCGUUUAAGGAAUGCUCCUGGUGUCCUGGUUGAUCCAACUUCCUCAACCAACACUAUCGAAAUAAAUAAACUGAUCUUUAUCGCUCUUGCUGUUUAUGGAACACUGCUGUGCGCAAAAUUUGCUGCUGCAUUUGCCAACAUAAUAAGUACUCCAAAAAAUACUUCAUUGUCUGCGAAGUGUUUUGACAGAAAUGUGAGAAGGUGCUAUAUAAAUACAAGAUUUUCUUUCUUUUGAAAUAUCCCCGCUGCACCUCUCCACCUCGUUUUCCUCCUUUAAGAUGCUCCUUAAAACCUACCUCUUUGACUAAGCUUUUGGUCAUUGCCCUAACAUGUCAUGUGGCUUUGUGUCAUAUUUUGUUUUUAUAAUACAUGUAUGAUCCUGGAAUGUUCAAUUGCAUUAAAAACACUAUAUAAAUAA